CGAACUUUAGUACAUUGUCUCGAGCUGUUUUGCUUGCAGUGAGUCAGGAGCUCGAAAAGAAGCGAAGUUGACCGAGAAUUCAACAUAUAAUAGCUCAUUUUUUACCACAUUCAAGUCCAGUUAUGCCAUCUGACAGACCCUUCAAACAGAGACGGAGCUUUGCUGAUCGUUGCAAGGAAGUGCAGCAGAUACGAGAGCAGCAUCCCAAUAAAAUUCCGGUGAUCAUUGAGAGAUAUAAGGGGGAAAAGCAACUUCCUGUCUUGGACAAGACCAAGUUCCUUGUCCCUGACCAUGUUAACAUGAGUGAGCUGGUAAAGAUAAUCAGGCGUAGACUGCAGCUCAACCCCACCCAGGCCUUUUUCCUUCUUGUCAAUCAGCACAGCAUGGUCAGUGUGUCCACCCCUAUUUCUGAGAUCUACGAACGAGAGAGAGAUGAAGAUGGCUUCCUCUACAUGGUUUACGCCUCCCAGGAGACCUUUGGUUGCUAAGCAUGCGUCUCGACCUUUGAGGGAGGGAUAGCAGAGGGAAGGAGAGACGCAAACAGGAAGCAGGCUCACCCUAAUGUACCCGUUCUUUCUCUCUCUCCAUCAUCACUGCUCCUCCCUUGCUGGUAUGAAACGAAAUAAACCCGUUGAUUCUUGUCUAUGUGACACUACAGUGCAAACCACAGCGUUACUGUAAACACUAUUCUGACCCAAUUUUAAACUUGGUUGUUUUUCUUUAUCAGCUCAGCGUAGGUAUUACACUGUUUAUACUUUGUAUUUGGCCCUAGUAGCUUUUUUCCCCUUGAGUUUUAUUACUUUUAGGCCGUUAUGUCAAAUAAUUAGUAACACAUGUCGCUGUAAAUAGGUGAGAGUGUGUUUUUAUUUUAUUUGUUUUAGGAUUAAUUUGUUAUUACUUUUUGUUUUCUCGUAGUAAUCGUCUGUAGUAGUUACCAGACCUUAGUGGUGCUGGUGUAAGGUUGUAAAAUCUUACUUCAGAAUUAAGUGCUUAUUUAAACCAAGUGAUUAAUCAAGAUGCAGCGUAAUUCUCAUUAAAUUUCCUGUCAGACCCAUUCUGUGGUCCUCAAAUCAAAACUGUUAGGAGACCAAUGGCUCCAAAGGUGUAAUUAUAACUAUCAGAGGGUUUCUGAAGCCUUUAUGAGCCUGUGUUUAUUUCUGGGCUCCUGUGUAAAAAUAACUCAUCAUUCACUCAUUGUAGAAUAAAGGUAUCGUCUGAUGGUAACGGUAGUCAAAAGCCACAUUGAUCUGUACUGUACACGUGUGAGCCAGAAGAACAUCUUUUGGCAUACAGUAUUCUGCAGUCAGCCUCACGUAAUCUUUAG